CGCGAAAGUUGCUCAGCGCAUUCCAAAAUGCAGUCAACUUAGUGCUUCGAUGCUUCAGCCACCACGCGGUCAGCGUACACAUCUCAUGUCUUAUACCAUACUUUGCGAUGUACGCUACCAAUGCGCUGCUUUUCCCUGAAUUCGGUCCGAUGAUGCUACGACGCUGGAGUACUCUGUGCACUGGAUAAGCUUACUGGUCCCUAGGGCUCCUCUCAAUCUCGACAGGAAAUCUCGGCUCGGAAAGCUAGGCUCACCGAAGGGUAUUCCAAAAGCUCAUUUACAGGUUCCUCAGUCCCAAGCAUAACUCUACAUUCACCUUCGUGCCUUCGUCAAUGCCUGCAACCCAGACCCCGUUUAGAUCUUCAGAAGAAGGUGUUCCCAUCUCCCGGCAGAAGAGAUUAGGAGACAGUCUUGUAUCGGGGCUUGAGAAGAUAGGUGGUUCUUUAAACAGCUUCUCGAACCGAAUCGGAUCUGAAGCAUGGUGGCCUACUACACUUGAUCAUGAGUGCGAGAAAGCGGCUCGAAUAUUGUCAUCGUUCUGCAAGGAUGAAUGCUAUCCUGAGCGGUCUUUAGCACCCGAUUCUCCAGGUCCAAAAAGCAAACCGAAGGUUGUGGUUAAGAUACCGCAAAGGGUAUUCCAAAAUUGUGUCGGGCUCGCUAUCUUCACUGUCAUGCGCAGUGGAUUCUCAAUCUCUACUGCUGGUGGAUCUGGCGUCGUCAUUGCCAGGAAAGAAGACGGUGACUGGUCCCCGCCAUCUGGAAUCCACGUACAAACUUUAGGUCUUGGUUUCAUGGUUGGGAUCGAUAUCUACGACUGUAUCGUCGUGAUUAACAGCUACGAAGCACUCAAAUCAUUCAAUAGAUUCCGCUUUACGCUAGGCGGUGAGAUGAGUGCUGUAGCAGGGCCAAUAGGGGUUGGUGGGCUAUUGGAGGUCGAACUGUCCGAAACACAUAAGCCUUUAUGGACUUAUAUGAAGAGCCGAGGAGUCUACUGUGGGCUUCAGUUGGACACGACUAUCGUCAUCGAGAGAUACAACGAGAACGCAAGGUUCUAUGGCAGGAAGAUCUCUAUUGACGAGAUCUUCGCAGGUCAGGUUACAAACGUUCCACUUCAGGCAAAGAUGCUCAUGGAAGCAGCACGUAGGGCGGAGGGGCGAGUAUGAGUGUUAUCAGUAACUGCCUAGGAUUGCACUAAGAUCGCAGAUUAGCUCCCACCAGAUAUUGCGAAGAAAAGAGAUCGUAUGAAGACUACCUAGCAUUGUCAUUUGAAACAACUACUUUAGCU